UCGGGUAGGUGUGUUUGGGCACUCGGCACUCUCGGCAGUUCCGUUACCGCGUAACCGAGUACAAGUUCCCUUCCCGUGGAUAGUUCUCGGCCCGGAUAGUUCCCUCCUCUCCGUGCGAGUGCAUACCGCAUACGGGAAGUGGGUCAGUGCUUGUUUUAUUUAUUAAUUUUUUUGGUGUGUCUUUUCGCGCCGAUCGCGGCGGAUUCCGAUAUGCCCGCGGAUGCGGAUCACACAUCCGGAUUUAACAUGGAUUGAUAAUAAGAACACUUUGCACUACGUUCUUUGCGUGAUGAGAUUGCAUUCGCCAUAUACGUAACGAAGGAGGAACGGAGAACGCCGAUGACUGGCGAGAUGCGUAUAACUGCAUGCAAUCGCUAGAGUACCAGGAGGAAAUGCGCGUAUGCGAAAAGGAGGAAAAUGGGAGACGUUGGAGAAAGUUUGCUUGGUUACCGAUGAAGACGGAAGAAGAUGUUACCUAGAAACGGUCCAGGGAGCAAGCAAACCGGAUUAUUCGGAUUCGUUCAACCUCGUCGGAGGAACCGGUCCCGAAAAGGGACCUAUUCUAUUUCUUCCGCCGCUGGCUGCGCAGCCCACUUUUGCGCGAGACAAUGAUACAUUGUUCAGGGAUUUGCCUUCGACCUAUGUAGACGAUGUAAAUAAUGAGCUCGAUCCGCGCGGUAGAUACGCUAAUAAGCGAAUUACCGGUUAUUCGCGACCAACGCUGGAAAGUCUGACAAAAGGAGGGUGAAAGUUUUUUUUUUCUUGAAAGAGAUUUCUACGAUCCACACGCACACGCAUACACACAUACACACUUCCGCAUGCGCUCGCCUACAGGGUGUUGAUAUAUUCCUAAAUCAAGUGAUUGCGAGAAAGAAAAAUGGGAUUCGACUGUAGUUUGAUCAAUAAAGGUCAGACCGAAAGUGACAUUGACCCUGAUCGAAAAUUGAGUCCUACUUAUUAGACGAGAUACUUUAGGCAGCGCACCUGUGUUUCGCGCGAAACCGGUUGAGAGACGUUAACUGUGUGGAACGCGCUUGCUUUUCAGACGAUGCGGUAGUGGACACAGCUUCGCAGCGGCGGAGUCCUUUUACGGGCAUCGAAGGUUGAAUUUGGAGAAGAGAGAUAUUUCGCGUGGAGCGGAGGGGAAGAAGGGAAUCUAGAUGCUAGGCCGGAUCAAAACGAAAUAGAAGAGAGAAAGAGCGAGAGAAAGAGAGUUCUUAACAGGAAGAGCAGGCGAGGACGAGAUAGGGGAGGAAAGAGAACGAGAGAGAGAGAGGGAUGGGUGCUGGGAUGGGCAGAAGCGGCACGACCGGCGGUCUGCUCGAGGCACUUCCCACGGGAACCCCGCUCCAUGUGGCGAUGCUUGGUCUCGACAGCGCCGGGAAGACGACCGCCCUGUACAGACUCAAAUUUGAUCAGUAUCUCAACACCGUGCCGACCAUUGGCUUCAAUUGCGAGAGAAUUCGCGGCGGCAUCGGGAAAGCUAAAGGUGUCAAUUUCCUUGUAUGGGACGUCGGUGGGCAGGAGAAGCUACGGCCGCUGUGGAAAUCUUACACGAGAUGCACCGACGGUAUAAUUUUCGUUGUUGACUCCUGCGACAUUGAGCGGCUCGAAGAGGCGAAAAUGGAGCUUACCAGGACAGCGAGGAGUCCGGACAAUGCGGGUGUGCCGAUCUUGAUUCUCGCCAACAAACAAGAUUUACCUGGUGCGAAAGAAGUUGGCGAGCUGGAGAAGCAUUUGGGAGUGUUAGAACUUGCGGGGAUGCCGGGUAGCGCUUGUAUUCGCGUACAACCGGCGUGUGCUAUUACGGGCGAAGGACUUCACGAAGGCUUGGAUACGCUGUACCAGCUGAUCUUAAAGCGACGCAAGCUGGCGAAAUUGAAUCGGAAACGGGCCAGGUAGGCCAGGGCCUCGGAAGACUGCACAUGCGUCUUCUGAUAUUGCCGAUCGCGGACGGCCUCUCCUUUGGCGACGCUUUCCACAACUUCCACCGCGUCCUCUCUUUCCAAUUGCGAUGAGGACGUAGCGCAUUGAAGAAGGACGGUGUGGACGGUGAUCACGAAGGGUGCGAUCACCUCCCUUUGACUUUCGCUCUCAGCGAGACGCUGUUGGAACUACUUGGAGCUUGCGUCGAUUUUUAGGUGUAUGUGUGUGUGUAUGCGUGUACAUAUAAGUAUAUGUCGGUGUAGAGCAUGUGGAUAUGAGAAACAGGGGAUUUUAACGAUUAUUGUUCCUAUUAGGUUGUUGCAUAUAAAUUUUACUUUACUAAAAAUCAUGAUUAUUGAUAUCCAAGGGUCUGCAGUUUUAAUCGAAAUAUGUUAAUUAAAAUAGAGUAUUCGUCGGUAAUCUUGUUGAUUUAUUGCUAUGGUGAGACGUGACGUAAAAUACAGAAAAAUACAGUAUAAAAGGCGUAAAUUUUAUAUUUACAAAUUCUUUUGUCAUACUGAUUCGUCAUCUGCAAUUGAUUGGCACGAAUUCACAAGUAAAUUUGUAACUUUGGAAUAAUGCACCCAUUGUGUACUGCUGUGUUACAUGAGUUUUAGUUCUGAAAUGAAAUUCAAUUUCACGCCAAAAUGGAUUUAUUUUGUGUGCAACAACGUAAUAAUUAAAAUGAUCGUAAAUAUAAACGUGUGACGAUGCUAGUCGACUGAGGGAGGAUCUAUCGUUGCGACAAAGGAAACGAGUCGAUGCGAAAGUGAAAUAAAUAAAUAUAAGUAAAUAAUUGUAAAUAAAUCGGGAAAGUUGUAAUUUCAUGCUGGCACAAAUUUCAAAUGCGAAGAUGCAUUUUAACACGAGCAACGAAGUUGAUCAACGUCGAAAAAUCUGUGGCAAUAUAAAUCGUCCUAAAUUACUUAGCGAAAUUGAAUGUCAUUAUUGCUGCAAGAGUUAAGAGUUGCCAUAUAUUUUUUUUAAAUACAAAGCAACACAGCAAUAUAUUCUAUUUAUACGCGCGUGUAAUCGGAUGUUGCUUAUUUCGUAAAGUUUUAUACCUUUUUGUAAAGACCUCAUCAUAUUUAUUAGACUUAUUGUUAAAGAAACAUAAUUGUUAUUACAAAAUUUGAUACAGCGCAGUUUUUUGGUAAACGAAUAUAUGUUUGCGAUUAAUUAUCUAUUGGAUUAUGUUGCUCAUCGAAAUGUCGCUACAUGUCUCUAUGAAAAACUUUCGAGUUCCUAAUUGCCCUGCUAUUUAUUGACGAUUAUUUAAUACCAAUAAGUUAUUGCCGCCGUCAAUGUCAUGUAUAUACAUAUAUAUUCUAAAACUAGGAACUUCUGGGGAAAUUAUUACGGACACUAAAAUACAUUUCAGUAAUAUGUGUUAUAUUCAAUAUACAGGUAUAAAAAGAUUCAGAAAGAAACCAAAAACUCACUUAUUUGCUAUUUGAUUUGACGUGGAAUCUCUGGCGUCUACUAGAGGAGAUAUAUGUAUAUGCAUAUACAUAUAUACAUAUAUGUAUGUAUGUAUGUAUAUACGUUAUCUCUAGCAGGAUAUUUUAUAAAAAAAAAAGUUGCUCGUGUAAAGAAAAAAGAAAGAGGUACUCGAAGGUGAAGUGUAUAUCGCAGUCUUCUUAUAAGGUUUAUAACGAAGGAAUGCGUGAACUGGCGCUUUGUAGCCAAGAGAUAACUGUCAUGGCAUGGUUGUUGUUUUUAUAUCGACUGUCGUUCCAAAUUCUAUUGUACACUAUACUUGCCCCUUGUUGUGUUUUUAUUAUCUCUGAAUAUUUUAUCUCGUGCUUCAAUCGAUCGUUAAAUCGCCUAUUUAUGUAUACAUAUUAUUAAAUAGCGCUAGCUAAGUAAUCGACGAUGCGUAGCGCGUUAGACUGAUACGAUCCUUUCGGAUAUGUACGCACGAGGAAUUUUUCAAAUAAAUGUGCUGAUUCCGUUACGUUUUCAAUGA